UGAGAGUCGGACUGCACCCAGGGCCAGGGCUUCCUGCUGACUUCAUGAGGAGAGGAGGCUGGCGACGAGCAGAAUUGGGGCGCCCGGAAAGAAGCAUUUGGACGGGCGGCAGCCCAAGGAUGAUAGCCCUCACACCUCAGUUCAGCUGCAGCUUCCACGUGAUUUAGCAGCAUUCAGCAUGCCGCUACCUACAGUCUUGCAGCAUGCAGCUUGGUUGCCUGCUCAAUCAUCCGGUGAGCUGCAGAACAUUGGAGCUCUGGUCAGUCGGCUCCUCCUAUCUUCCUUCCAGCAAUUGGCUUUACUGAUUUGUAGACCGCCUUAGGGCCUUCAAUCAGCAGCAUGGCACCGCUCCCUGGUGAAACCAGGGGUGAGGACCCUCGCUGCCAGGAAAGGCGGCGCACCAACAGAUUCUCUGGCGACUACAAGCCAGGAAAGCAUUAUGACAUUGAGAUGAGGCAGAGAAUUGUUCAGGCAUAUAAGGUUAGGGCAGCUGAAAUGGGUGAGGAGCGGCCUCAUGGUGUGAUGGCUGAGCUGGCGCGCGAGUUUGAAGUGGAUCCAACCACAGUAAAAAAGUAUGUCGUUCGUUAUGAGGAGAGAAAAACCCUCAGCCACUAGCAAAAGGCACCACCAACUACAGCAAGGUUGAGCUGGCCCAUCUGCUCUUUCUAGAAAAAUUCUUAGAGCGCGACACGACUCGUUAUAUCUGGGAGCUGCGAGCGCUUAUGGCGCAAACCUUGGAAGGCAGGGUGGAGCAACCAUGGAUCUCAGAGACAUCGAUUUGGCGCAUUAUGAAGGAGCAGCUGGGACUCUCUCACAAGAAGCUUAGUCUCAUUGCGUCCCAGCAAAUGACAGCUGAGAACGAGGCGCGGCGGGAAGCGUACCUAGCGGAGGCCCUGCAGGUGCCCGCUGAGGAGAUCCUCGUUGCGGACGAGACGGCGUUCAGUUAUAACAACGGCCUCAGGCGCUAUGGGUGGGCGCCCGCGCACGGGGAGACGCGGGCAGUGGACAUCCGACCAAAGGUCUUCUGCCCUAAUCACUCGUGCAUCGGUGUCUUAUCUACGGAGGGCUUCGAACACGUUUCAAUCAAGAAAGGGGCUGUCGACGGCGAGGACUGGUGGGAAUUCAUCUGCCAGUGCGAGCCAAUCUUUGCCAGUGGGAAAUUCAAGCUCUUUGUUGCGGACAACGCCAGCGUGCAUAAGCGCAUGGAGGAGCUGGUGCGGCACUUACUUCAAGAGUACGGCAUCAAACUACUUUACCUGCCUGCCUACUCCCCAGACCUGAGCCCCAUUGAGGAGGCCUUCAGCAAAGUCAAAGUAGUGGCCCAGGAUGGGCGGGAGGACGUUCGGCGCGACAUGGAGUCGCAUAUUGUGCGGGGAUUUGGAAGCGUGACUCCCGACGAUGCUCGAGGUUACUUUAGAUUGUAUACUCGAUGAUAAUGCUAGCAUUACUGCCCUCAAUUGGAUCAAGAAGCUCAAGUAAUUAUAGUUUUGGCUCGCAUGUGCUCAAUUCGGGUUGAAGUGAGCUCUCGGCAAUCUUUCAGGCUUUACCAACUUGUCGAUGAUUGUACGUUGAAGUUUAGAGUGUCACUAUCCAACCGGCUCAGGCUUUGCGCAAACCUAGUAUUGCCAGUCAGUACGUUAGUCAGUAAAUUGUUGCAGUCAAAGAUUAUCCGAGAAGCUUGCGCCCGCGUGGCUAGCCGAG